CGUCGCUUCCCUUGUACACCAGACUGCGAUCAACGAAUUCUCCCACAUUGCACCCAGGAAUGCAAGUGUGAUUACUCCUAUCCGGGUGUGCAAAGGUUUUGCAACCCUCCACCGCUCCCAUUUCUUCUGAACGUUUGCAGAAUAUGGUAUUGGAGUUGUCCGAAAUAUGAGCAGUAUCACUAUGCUUCACAAUACAUCUAUUCGAAAGCAGAAAAGGGAAAAGAAUUCCCGGGAUUCCGAACGACCAAUCCAAAUCCGUACAACAUUCCCAGCCCUCUUGGUCAUCCACAUAUUGGACCUGGAUCGCCUCGUCUCGGACCACAUUUACCUCAUAUGGCUGGCAUUCGAAAUCGACUUGUCAGUCGUCCGUUCACACAUUCUUUAAUAGUCCCUCCACCACUACCUCGAGUUCGAGACCAACCCUUGGAAAAAACGAGUCAUGGCCACCACCAUUCACACACAAGAAAAAAGAAGGUGAGCCGCAGACGUGGAAAAGUAAUGGGUUUGAAGAAAUCGCGGCACUCCAGAAAACACCACCGAUCCCGAAAGCGUCCUCACAAAAGAGCUACACGUCACAGUGACUCCAAACGAUUCUACCGGACAUUGAAAGAGAAUCCUCUGGUCGCGAAAACUCCCGAGCCGACUGAAUCAUCGAUGGGAAAGCCUAUCGCAUUUGCUAAGGACCAUAGCUCGUCAUUGUUGCGAGAAGUCUCCACAAUACGUCCUCGGUAG